AUGUCUCACGAUGAUGCCAAUCCCAUCGGUGAAGGUUGGACACGACACAGUGCCGACAUGCUACUGCACCCUCCAUCCCAGGUGUACUUUGCGCAACGAGGGGAGCAGCGAGGCAAAUACCUGCUGAAAUCAGAAGAUGGCUGGACGGUGUGCCCAGCACCCCAUGUUGGAAGCGAAUGCCCGAUGCAAGUUCGCGCUGCUGCGGCGUCAGUUCUCCGAUCUCACCCCGAGGGUCAGGCGGUCGACAGGAAGCUCGACCGAUCGGUAGUGCUGGCGGACAUGCCAAAGACGGCCCGCCUUGCACUGAAGUUCCCACUGGGCUUCCUGGACACGCCCGCCUGCUGCUAUGCUCUCUUCACUGGCCUUCGGGGAAGCGCAGCUGCUGCGCAGUGGUGCGCGACGCAAUUUCACCAGAGACUGCUCAAGGAAGUCGCGAAGAAGAUCCACGGUUGGUGGGACUCCGAGGCUGAGAUGCCCGAGGAGCUCCUCUACCGUGGUUCGCACGUGGGCUCUUUGGGCAAAUGUCUGCAACAUGUGUUGGAGACGCUGGAUCACGACCUGCUUCAUGGCCCCCUGGGCUUCGCGGGCUGCAAUGGCGUUGUAGCAGUCCUGAUUGGAGAAAACCUGGUGGCAGCAGCAGUCGGUGAGGCAUCAGUGGCUCUCCUCUUCGAUGACGCAGACGCCGUACCUCUGAUCCCCUUGUUAGGCCAGGAAGAGGAGGAGGAUGAGGAGGACGCGACGAACAAGCCGAUGUCCAGUGUGAGCAAGCUCAUGCAGCUUCCACCAAACCGUGCUUCCGAACAAGGGGCGCUUAUAGGAAGCAGUGGGUUGCUGCGAGCCAAAUGUGCGUGGGAAGCCCAAGCCGACCUUGAUGAGGACCCUGUCAGCAGGAUACUUCGCGCCCCGGAUGCCUUUGCUGUGCUGGGCACGAGCGAGAAAGGUCCAGACCCGGCCGAGACCAAAGCUGCGUACAAGCGGCUCGCUCUCAGGGUGCAUCCGGACAAGGUGAAGAACUGCGAUCCGGGUGACGCAAAGGCAGCCUUCUCACGGCUCGACGCCGCCGCCAAGAUCGUGGAGGCGCUGUAUGAGAACGAUGCCGGCACUUGCCGAGAACUUCGCCGCAUUUUGCGAUAUGAUCCCCUCGUUGUGAAGGGGGCCUGUCAGCUGCUUCAGGUGGAGAUGGAGGCGGAUGAGGCUCAAGUUCUCAAGGCCAAAGAUACCUUGAAGCAAACGCUUGCCAAAGUGCAGCUGCCAGAAGCGUGUUCCGAAGUUCAGAAGGGCAUUGAUGCCUGCGUCGCCGCUGUCGAAACAUUGCGCGUGGCUCGGCAAGCCGGCCCGUCUUCGAGCGAGCGGCUGGUUUUAGAAGGCGUGCCCUUGCAAAGCCUCUCAGCCAUUGGACUUCGUGAUCUGCGUGGCAUAGGAGGACAUCUGCAAGUACGGACAGCAGCAUACAGAGCCGGCGAGGACGUGCGUGUGGCGCUGUGCUGUGGCGCAACCGCGCAGCUGUCAUUCAAAGACUUGGAAGAGCCAGCAAACCUCUGCCGUUGGCAGCCCAAAGCGGUUGCACUUCAGUGGGCCACGAAGGCCUUGUCGCUGCCUCGAUCGGACUCCUCGGCCUCCAGCAUCUGUAUCUGCAUACGCGAGCAAGAGGAGGAGGUUGCUGCAGAGGAUCCAUCACGGCCUGCGAAGAGGCAUAAGGGCUCCCAUGGGCCACGCUCAGUCCGACUACGCCACCUCUUGUUGCGAUGUGCUGAGCCUGGAAAGCUCUUGCCAGAGGAUCCGAUGGCCAGGCGUAGGGCGACGCAGAAGAGCCGGACCCCUGCCGAAGCAGAAGCAGAGUUGGUGGAGGUUCUUCGCAGCCUUCUGCUUCUGGACACGGACCCAAAUGGGGCAGAUCCGGACCUGCAGAGGAGCUCCGCUUUCCGGAAGCUGUGUCAACAGCGCUCAGAAUGCUCUUCAGCAGACAAUGCCGGGCAGCUGUGCGGGGACCUCGGAUGGAUUGCGAGGGGCUCCUGCGAGCCAGCCUUCGAGCAGGCCACGCAGCCCGCUGGUACGGCGCCACAGGGCGUGUCACCGGCGCCAGGCAGUGCUGUUCCGGGCAAGGCGCAGGAGGAGGACGUGUCGGCUGCGCCGUCAAAGCAGGAUGAUUGCCGGGAGGACAGCCUUGGCAGCUCGCGCAGCCGGAACAGCCAAGGCAGCGGCGACCUCUUCCGGCCAGACAGCGAGGAGGGCCCUCCUGAAGAAGAGGAGGAGGAGGAGUUUUCGGACUCCGAAGACAGCCCUUGGGAGGACAUGGCGACCUGGGGCGAGGUCGGCGCUGAAGUCCAUGGACGGCGGGCACUAACGAAGGAGGCGCGAGAGUACCGCGAGGAAUGGGCGCAGAAGCUGCGAGACGCCAAGACGCUGGGGAAGGAGUAUCUGGACACCAUCCUUUCCAAGGAGGAUUUCAUCCGCUUCAAGAAGACGAUGCGACAAGCAAGACCCUCUUGCGACGGUCGAAAGUUGGCAAGCGAAAAGGCGGUGCUAUGGCUGCGUGGCGACGAGGAAGACUUCGAGGACCUCUUCGGUGGCCUGCGCCCGAGGAAGAAGGUCGACUAA